AUGGCGAAACCAUACCCCCAAAUCGUGCUCCUCGGAGACUCCCUCAUCCAGGGCUGUUGCGAGGCAUCCGAUGGCUUCUCGUUUCAAGCAGAGCUCCAAUGCCAUGCGAUGCGCCGCUUCGAUGUAGUCAACCGCGGCUUCUCUGGCUGGAACACAGCGAAUGCUGUCAGAUAUCUCGCCGAUAUGUUCCUCCCUCCUUCCGAGUCUGGGCCAAAGUUGGAAUGUCUCGUGGUGCUCCUUGGCGCAAACGAUGCUGUCCACCCCAUGAAAACGACGGUGCAGCACGUCCCGCUGAGCGAUUACAAGAAGAACCUUGUCAAGAUCGUCACGCACCCCAACAUCACAGGUCACAACCCCAAGAUUAUCCUCGUCACGCCGCCGCCCAUAGACGAGAUUCGCGUCACCGAGCUCGACCUGGCCGCGGGUCACCCGAAGCCCCAGCGGACCUCCAAGACCAGCGCCGAAUACACACAGGCGGCACGAAAUGUGGCGGCCGAGGUGCCCGGCGUGGUGCUGGUCGACCUGUGGCAGGCGUUGAUGGACCACGCUGUAUCCAGGACGCCAGGCUUUCGGGCCGGAGGUCCUCUGCCAGGCACACCGGAGUUCGGCGAGCGGGGCGGGCUGGCAGAUCUUCUCCCGGACGGCCUCCACAUGAGCGGCGAAGCAUACAGGGUGUUUUACGAGGCGUUGUCGGUUCACCUCGGCGACUGGAGCAAGGGCCCUUCCGUCUUCCCGGACUGGCGUGAGGUGAACCCUCCAGCGUAG